CAAAUCAAACCAGUUUCGCUCCGCUCACAGCCGCGGAGAGUACACAGCGAAUUACAGUGUAACUCAUUCAUUGUUGAAACUCAAUCGUGUACAAAUAUUUGUGAUUAAAAAUUUUAUUCAGAACAUAAAGUGCAUCGUAAAACACACAAACAUGGCGGCGGGAUUUAUUGUUUUUAUGUGCAUUGUUGUCGCGAGCAAAGGCAUUGAUAUAAACAGCCUGAAGCUAGAACAGGUUGUUAUGUUAGGCCGUCACAAUAUACGCACGCCUUUGACUGAAGGCUUGGAGUUGUACUCGUCGAAACCGUGGCCGAAAUGGAACGAUGCAGCUGGGAUAUUGACGCCAAAGGGACUAAGGUUUGAAGGAUAUAUCGCUGAAUAUAUUUCCCAGUGGCUAGAUACUGAAGAUUUUUUCGAAGGAUGCCCGCAAAAGGACGACGUGCUUAUCUAUGCGAAUACGAAAUCAAGGACUCUAGAAUCAGCAAAGGCGUUUGCUGAAACAGCGUUCAAUAAUUGUAAUAUUAGUGUGCAACAUUACGAAAAUUUAGGUGCUUUCGACCCACUCUUCUUGCCAAUAUUUCACAACAAAACUGAAGCGUUUAAAAAGCAGGUAGCUGAAGAGAUGAAGAAACGUCUAUCAGAAAUGAAUUUAACGCACGCAUACACUGAAUUGGGGAGGAUAUUGAACAUUAAGGAUGCAGAUAUAUGUAAGAAACUGUUUAUGUGUGAUUUGAAUACCCAACAGAGUGAAAUUGUCCUUGAAGACGGCGAAGAGCCCAAUGUGAAUGGACCUCUGUACAUAGCCAAUGCAGUGGUGGACGCGUUCAUCAUGAGCUAUUAUGAAGGGCGACCGAUGUCUGAUGUAGCAUGGGGCCAAAUCGAAACAGAUCAGCAAUGGGACUUACUAGCAAAAAUCAUCACUGAGAACCAGAAUAUAAGGUUUAAAUUACAAAGCGCUGCAAAAGACAUAGCAAGUCCACUCCUAAAGUAUAUGUUUAAUAUUUUCAACAGUGGGAAGCCGAAAUUCACCCUACUCGUAGGACACGAUUCCAAUUUGAAUUCCGUGUUAACCGCAUUAGAAUUUAAGCCGUUCGAAAGGAAACUUCAAUUUGAACCUUAUCCAAUAGGUGGGAAGAUUGUUUUUCAAAAGUUCAGUGAUAGGAAGGGUCAGUAUCUGAAGGUAGAGUACAUAUAUCCUACUACUAAACAGUUGAGGGAUGGUGAAAAACUCACGUCGAACAAUCCCCCCCAAAGAAUAACAUUGGAAUUAAACGGGUGUCCCAUAUCGCCUACUGGAUACUGCCAAUGGAGUGAGUUUAUGAAAUUAAAUGAAUUAUUUGACUAAC